AUGGCUGUGGAGUUACAAGCCGUAGUCAUGGCUGUUGGCGGUGGCUCUCGGAUGGUGGACCUAACCACUGGGAUCCCAAAGCCGCUGCUUCCCGUGGGAAACAGACCUCUCCUGUGGUAUCCACUGAAUAUGCUGGAACGAGCCGGCUUUGAAGAAGUAAUAGUGGUGACAACCAAAGACGUACAGAAAAGUUUCCCAGACACCAAAAUGAAAGUGGAUAUUGUGUGUCUACCGGAGGAUAAAGCUGACAUGGGGACUGCUUAUUCCCUGCGUUAUAUCUACCAGAAGAUCAAGAGCGAUGUUUUAGUCAUCAGUUGUGACCUCAUCACCGAGGUCGCACUUCAUGAGGUUGUUGACUUGUUCCGGGCUCACGAUGCCACACUGUCCAUGUUAAUGCAGAAAGCAUCUGAGCCCACUGAGCAUAUCCCGGGACAGAAAGGGAAGCAGAAGGCAGUGGAAGAGCGGGAUUUUAUCGGGGUGGAUGACACGGGAACGCAGCUUUUAUUACUGGCUAAUGAGGAGGACCUGGAUAGUGGUCUGGAUGUGAAAAAAUGCAUUCUGCAGAGGUACCCUCGAGUUCACAUCAAGAUGGGAAUGGUAGACGCACAUCUGUACUGCCUGAAGAAAUACGUGGUGGAUUUUCUGGCUGCCAAUGAGUCCUUCUCCUCCAUCCGAAGGGACCUGUUGCCAUAUUUGGUUGAAAAGCAAUUCUCAUCCUCUGCGUUAUCCCUGAAAGAGAAGAGUACAGAGCAUGAUGGGAGCAAGGAGAACAAGCCCUGUGACAUAUACAGCUUUAUAACACAGGAUGAACUGAUGGACACCGCACUCGGUAUGUCAUCCUGGAACGACCAUCGCGGCGACAUGCGAGACCCAUACCACGGGAACAGACUACGGUGUUAUGUCCACAUAGCCAAGAACGAAUUCUGUUGUCGAGUAAAUAGUCUGGCUACCUAUAUCGAGGCAAACAGACAAGUUCCACGACUGUUGUGUGCUGUUUGCAGUGAAGAUCCACAAGUCCAUCCGACAGCAGUGAUCACAAACAAACUAAUGGUCGGUGGAGACAGUAUGAUUGGCGCACAGACCCAAGUUGGGGAGAAAACAUCUAUAAAGCAUUCCCUGGUGGGAUCCAACUGCAACAUCCGGGACGUAGUGAAGAUCACCAACUGCAUAAUAAUGAACGGGGUCACGGUGCACGAGGGCUGCACCCUCCAAGGCAGUGUGAUCUGUAACAAUGUUGUGAUCGAAAGCGGAGCAGAAGUCAAAGAUUGCUUAUUGGGACCUAACAUACACAUCAACAGCAAAGCAAAACGUGUCAACGAGAUCAUCAUGGGCAACGAGCAGCUGAUGGAGAUCUGACCUUGUCUUUGGCUCCAUGUCCUCACUCCCUCCCUGUCUUAUUUAUAUAGGAAUAAAAGAUGUGGAGCUUUC